CGUAACACCUACAGUUUUAGUUCACCUGCACACACCACAGAGAAGGCACGGUAACUUACUGGAAAAUAUAUUUUGUCGAGCGAAAUACUAAUAGUAGAAACAUCGGGGGCACAUUUUUGACAGUAUCAACUCUAAAAUAUCUGCGAUGUCUUGGACGUACAUGUUAUCAUAUACAUCUAUCUUAAGUGCAUUUAUGUUCGGAGUCCGACCGCAAAUUGUGUCUCUGGAUCAUAUUCCUGAGAUUCUCCCCUAUGAGGCGAGCGGCAGGGUAACCAGUACUACCAUUGUGCUGGGCCAGCCUCUGUGCUACUUCAACACACUGACCCAGCUCAAAUGCAGUCAAAGCACCUGUCAAGUAUGGGCUGCCAUCGCCUCUGGACCAGGCAUCAACAACUUUGACAUUGACAAGCUGGUAGCAGUACAGAUCGUCAGUGCCUCUCCAUACCCUAUUGCCUUCAGCAGCCAGACUAAUCGAAUGUACUUUGUCACCAAAUUGGGACGCCCUAAGGACUUCCCCUGUGGCCAGUUGCCUGGCAUCAAGUACUUCAGAGUAGGUGCGGAGGGCAACUGCACCAACACCAACUGCAAUGGGAUCCUACCUCCGGGUUCCACUGUCAGGGUGAAGUACAUCCUCAUUGAUCCAGUCUCCAGAGGAGUGGUCUCAGAGUCUAAAUGGUCAUAUCCCAUUUCUCUAACAUCAACGAGGUCCUGGUCCUCCAUAGAUGAGUGGACAGGGAAGCACUCUGGGGGAAUGGUGGUCAUCACAGUGAUCUCUUCCUGUCUGCUGGCUGUCCUGCUACUGCUGCUGGGAGCUGUGCUGCUACUGGAUGGUUUGGGAUCAUUCCGUGGAGGCCAUGACAUCACCACUGGACCUGGGAUACUGGGACAAUACUCAUACUAACUUCCUCCACUCUCAGACCAGUACAGCACUCCUCAAGACAUUUCUGUGACCAUUGAUGUGGACACUUCACUGUGCAUCUAGCAGAGACCUAGGAUGGAAAGAUGCAUAUGGUUAAACCUUAUGUUAAUGUUCUGAUGCCAUUUCUACAUGAACAUUGCCUUGCAAAAGUUUUCAGACCCCUUGGAUUUCUUCACAUAAUUUUUGUGUUACAACGUGGGAUUAAAAUAGAUGUAAUUGUCAUUCUUUGUUAACAAUCUACACAAAAUACUCUGUCAAAGUCGAAGAAAAAUGCAAACAUUUCUUAAAGAUUAUUAAUCAAAUGUA